UUUACAGUUUGUGGCUCUGAUUUGGCACAAGCAAACUUCUUCUACAAAAAUGGAGAAUAUAUCUGCACAUUGGAUUAUCAACGAAUGUAUGGAACUCGUUGUGACAGUUGUGGAGACUUCAUUGGUGGAGAGGUGAUCUCAGCUCUGGGGAGGACAUUUCAUCCGAAGUGCUUUGUCUGCACAGCCUGCAGAAAGCCAUUCCCAGUUGGAGACCGUGUUACUUUCAGUGGGAAAGAUUGUGUAUGCCAGCAAUGCUCUCACACAUUGAUUACUGCUUCUGAGCCGAUAAAGAUUCAUGGACCCAGUCAGUGCGCUGGCUGUGGAGAUGAAAUCAAACAUGGACAGUCAUUGCUGGCCUUGGAGAAGCAAUGGCAUGUGAGCUGUUUCAAAUGCCAGUCUUGUGGUGUUGUGCUGACAGGAGAAUAUAUCAGCAAGGAAGGUGUUCCUUAUUGUGAGACUGAUUACCAUUCGCAGUUUGGCAUUAAGUGUGAGACUUGUGACAGAUAUAUCAGUGGGAGAGUGCUGGAGGCAGGAGGCAAGCAUUACCACCCAACUUGUGCAAGGUGUGUCAGAUGUCACCAGAUGUUCACAGAGGGAGAGGAAAUGUACCUCACAGGCUGCGAAGUGUGGCAUCCACUUUGUAAGCAGUCUGCUAGAAUGGAAAAGAAGCUUCGGCACAGGCGAACCUCUGAAACUUCCAUCUCUCCUCCUGGAUCUAGCAUUUCAGGAUCACCAAACCGGGUCAUAUGUGCAAAAGUGGAUAACGAAAUACUUGACUAUAGGGAUCUGGCUGCUCUCCCCAAAGUUAAAACUAUCUAUGAUAUCCAGCGGCCUGAUCUGGUUUCCUACGAGCCAUAUUUCAGAUCCGCAUCAGAAGACAGACUUGAAAGACAUAGUUUUGGGGAGUCACUUGGGAUGCUAUCACCAUACUCACAGGACAUAUAUGAUGGUAUUGAUUUAAGACAGAGGAGAUCUUCCAGUCCUGGCUACAUUGACUCGCCCAUGUACAGUCGACAGGGGAUGUCUCCCACAAUGCCUCGAUCACCUCAACAUUACCACAGACCAGAGAAGGCCCGCAGCCUUAUUAGCUUAUUGUUUGGGCGACAGUAUCAAAAAGAGACAGCACAGGUCCCUUGCCAGCUCUCCAUCCAACAGAUACAAAGUGGCAUUAACCGAUUAAUUCUGAAGGAGGAGAUGAAAGCCAGAUCAGGGAGUUAUGAUAAUGACCCCUGGUCGACACGCAGCUCCACAACAAGUAGGGAAUGUCUGCAGAAUGUAGGCUAUGAUUCUCCAGUGAAUGGAUCUCCCAGAGGAACAUAUAUGGGAGACAGUGAUCCACUGAUUUCCAAGUCUGCUUCUCUUCCUGCCUAUAUGAGAAAUGGUUUGCACAGGCCUCAGAGUGCUGACAUUUUCCAAUAUGACAACGACAAUUCUGUUAACUGGGGAAUGAGAGAAUACAAGAUUUAUCCAUUUCAUCUGUUAAUGGUAACUACCAGAGGUCGGAAUAAGUUACCAAAAGACGUUGACAGAACAAGAUUAGAGCGUCACUUAUCUCCAGAAGAUUUCUACCGAGUGUUUGGAAUGACACUUGGAGAGUUUGAUCGACUUGCAUUGUGGAAAAGAAAUGAACUGAAGAAACAAGCACGGCUUUUUUAAGCACACUUAAAAGUUCCAUUAGAGAAAAGUCAAGAGGAAUUGUAAGGUCUUGCCUACCCAAGUAUACAAAACAUUUAAUCACACAAUCUGUUCAUAGUGUUUUCAUAUCAUUAUAAUGUAAGAAGCUACAUGUAUUCUAUGGAUGUUUUGCAAAUGUUGGUCACUUGUGGGCUCACAUUUCCAUCAUAUCAUGAAAGUUUUAUGAUGUAAUUAUUAAUCUUCAGAUUUCAUGAGCCCAGAUUCAUGUUUAAAAUUGGAAUUUGGGAAAAUAAUAGGAUUAUUUGUUGUUGGUCUCUUUAUUUAUCGCUUGUUUUAUUCUUGCUCAGUUUUGCUUUUCAAAUCAAUUCUUUCUGCAAGCAUCAAAUUACUUCAUUACAUUUGUUACGUAACUGAAGGAGAAUUAGUAAAUGUCAAAUCUCUGCACAAGAAAGCAUUGCAGACAUAAUGUAUGACUGGGAUAGCUUUUGUGGACAUUGUCCUAAACAGGAAUUGUUAUGAUCUCACAAUUAAGCGCUUGUAUGAUUAUGCAACUUACUGAAAUGAUUAUUGACACUUUUUUUCUCAGUGGAUAUAGAGCCCACAUAAUUGUUUUUCCACUGUCAGUUGCUGCAUCCUGUUGAAUAAAUAAAUAAAUGAUGUAGAUUUGGCUUAAAAUGAUUUGUGCUCAUUUCAAUUAAGCUACAAUGUGUAACUUGCAAUUUUUGAUGAGAUGGUGAUGUUGGAAUUCCAGGCUGGAUCAAAAGUGGAGACCAGGAAAAUUGGCUGGCACUGAUUGGAAUUUGAGGCAGAAACCAGUUCUCCUGGAAUUCUGCCUGUUUUUUUUUCCAUAUGUUCUAUUUUCAGGUGAAGAGGCAUGACAAAUUAUCCUCUGCCCCGCUUGCUAAUGCCAAAGAUGCCUGUCUGGACUACUCCAGGAAUUUCACUGUACAGGUCUCUGUUAAUCGCAUAAUGUUCAACACCAUUCAUGACUCAUCAGAUACUGAAACAGUCCAUGUCCGAAUGAAGCAAGACCUGGACAAUAUCCAAGCUUGGUCUGACAAAUAACAUUCAUGCCAUAGAAAUGCCAGGCGAUGACAAUCCCCAACAAGAGUGAGUCUAAACAUUGUCCCUUGACACACAAUGACAUUACCACAUUAUUACUAUCCUGGGGGUUAUUAUUGACCUGAAACUAACUAAAAUAGCCAUAUAAAUACAGUGGCUGCAAGAGCAGGUCAGAGGCUUCGAAUCCUGC